AUGGGUAUUAAAGUUAUCGGACAUUAUUUAUCGUCUCCUGCUCUUAGAGUAUUAUUUACACUUGAAGCAUUAGGUCUAGAAUAUGAACAUGAACAAAUUCCUGGAUUGGAAUAUAUUAAAUCGCCUGAAUAUCUUGCCACAAAAAAUCCAUUUGGGAAAAUUCCAGUAAUAAUUGAUGACGGUUUUACACUCUACGAAUCGCGUGCAAUCUGUCGUUAUCUCGUAAACAAAUACCAAGGAACCAAGAAUUCUACAAUUUUGAUUCCAAAAGAUAUACAAAAGGCCGCUUUGGUUGAACAAUACUUAUCGGUCGAAAAUUUAUAUUUUGAAAUAUCAUCAACAGCUAUUAAUUAUGAAGAAGUUAUUAACAAGUAUCAUGGUAAAGAAGCCAAUGCUGAAAAGGUCAAAGAAUCAAAGGAAAAAAUUGAACAGACAUUGGAUAUCUAUGAAAAAUUGCUCGAGGGAAAAGAUUAUUUGAUUGGCGAAUUUUCUUUGGCCGAUCUUAGUCAUGUGCCUAAUCUCUUUAUUAAUAUUCAUAAAAAUAGCAUUAAAGAUAUAUAUUAUGAUGCUAAAAGACCCAAUGUUGUUAGAUGGGUGAAAAAUCUUUUAGAAAUACCUGCUUGGAAACAAAUAGUAGUAAAACUUAAAAUUGAAUAA